GACCAACUGUUCUUCAGGUAAAUUGGUGCCAUAAAGGGGGGCUGCUUUUAUUAGUUAUAUUUCUUUGAUUCGUUUUGUGUUUAUUACGCCUUUAUUGGGCCAUACCAUAGGUUUUUGCACAUGCCAUUUCAAAAAUUCACUCCUUCUUUACCCUCAGCGGAAUUAUGCUUGUAUUAAUAUCCCCCUGUAAUUGACGCUCGAGUACAGUCAUCGUUUUGGUUAAUUUAAUUCGGCUCCAUUAAAGAACGGUUUUCGUGCCACACUUAACGAGCACUUACGAGUUGGAGGUCAGAUAUCAUGAUUUACUGAGAUAACUCACUUUAACAGCUGCAGUGAAACUUAUAUUGUCUUUUUCACUUUGGCCGAAACUUAUCGAUUUUCUUACGCCCUGGCACAACUACGAAACACUUUGUGCUCUGGGCCAGAGAAAACACCGGAAACGUAGUUCUUUAAAGAUCAAAGCAAGAAACAUGAAUAAUUAACAUAAUGGAGAAGCCAAUACAGUGAACGGCUCUGUAAAAAGGAUGCGGUAAUAAAUUGUUAUCAAAACAGAAUAUUUGCCAUAAAAUACUUGAGAACCCAAGUACUACUUGUAAUUGCACGGAGUGGAUGGUAUGGUGGACCGUUGAGUCUGGUACAUUUUCAUAACGUAGUUGAUGUUUUUCAUAAAAACGGGCCUUACGGGCUGAGAGUCUGAUAUCAGAUCGUACCAAUGUUCACUAAACCAAUGCAACACGUUUCUUGAUGAUUAUAUUCGUCAUUUCCGUGCCAAAAAAAAAUCAGGUUCCAUCAAUGCUUAACCAUAACAGCUUAGCGAUAACCCCACUUACACCCUUAGCAGAAUAUUGAAUCACUGAAAGCUCUCAGUAGACUUAUUAUUCCAUCUUAAGGAAAUCAUGAUAUCAUUCUGAACGUGCACAGCGUUCAUGAUCAGUCAGCUCAGAAUGAUGCGCUUACAGGCUUUUUUACUACUGAUUUUAUGCCAUAUAUAUCCCUUCUUAAUUGUGCAUGUUGAAAAUUGUUUUUCUUCAGCUGACCCAAGAGCCAUAGUGGCUCUUGGCUGACCCUAUCAGUAACGGCUUUUAAGUUGUGAUCUUGACAGGGUGGAAAGCAAGCAUGAAAAUUAAAUUAGAGCGUUUGUAUAAGAUUAUAAAUAAUUUUUGUGAAAGUCUACCCUAGCUCCAGAGGUCUGUUCUCGGAAUAGGUAGGUUAAAAUAAACGCCUGGUGCUCACAGUUUGAUUAGGCUCCCGAAAUGGAACUCUGGUCACUCGCGCAAGUAAUCUCGUUUCCAUGCUAGAAAUCAGUUCAGAAUCUGAACUGAGUGUCGCCGAUUAGUUACUCCCAUUUCGGCCGCGAACUAUCAGGAAUAAGGUUAGAAAAAACAAAACCUCUAGCAUCAAGGGAAGUGGGUAGCUUUUUAAAGGAAAAGGUAAUGGCAGACUUAAAGUACUAACAAACAAAAAUUGAGGGCCGAACUUAAGGCUCUAGAAUCGCUUCUUUAAAUAUUUUUUUAAAAAUAUAAAGUUAAAAAGCAUUCUGGCAUAAUUUGUUUUUCAGUUCAUUCGUUUUAUCCUUUGCUAAUUUUUUUUUAAAUUCUUUGUUAUUUACAAUAACAUGUAUUAAUUGAAAUACAAGUCUUCCUGCUUUCUCCAUCAAGUGAAUAAAAAUCUUCAUCACUUCUCCUUUUUAGCACGUUCAUGCAUCAGCUAUUUCGUUCUUGAGGAUUCUGACCGUAAUGUGGCAAAUACUGAUCAAAAGAACUUGAGAUGUGACCAGAGAGACCUGAUCAUGGGUGGUUAUACCCACUGGUAUCGUUUCAAAGGCGCAGCUGGCAUCAGAAUACCAACAUUCUGUGUACCAACACGGCGUUGUGGUACGCAUGCGCCGGGUUGGCUAAACGGUUCACAUCCAUCAGUAAGAGAAGGCAUUGUCACUCGUCGAGUUUGUUACCAUUGGGGUUCCAACUGUUGUUACUGGAAAAACGAUAUUCAGAUCCAAAACUGUGGCGCUUUCUAUGUGUAUCGGUUAGUUAAGCCUCCUCAGUGUUAUCUGCGGUACUGCGCUCACAAUAAAAGUAAGUUUUUUUCUUUGCUUUCUCUCUAGCUGUUAUCCAAAGAGUUCUUGCACCAUUUACUUCAACUGGAACUGUACAUUAAUUCUGUUAGUUCUUUUGCAUUUUCUUCCGUUAUGAAUUAUUUAGCAAUUAAUGAACGAGGCUGAGUAGGAAAUAAAGAAUUAAGCAUAUCGGGGAGGGUGUUACCCACCGAGGCCGACGGCCGAGGUGGAUAACAGCCUCCGAGAUCUGAUUAAUUCUUCAUAUCCUACAAAAGCCGAAUUCAUUAAUUGCUAUAUUAUUCAUUCAAAAUAAUUCCUAGUUUAAAAACAUAGCUAAAACAUGCUUACCUGCAUCGAUGUUAAGUUCAUCUUCGAUAGUGUACGUUUCGGUUUGUCCAGCUCCGCAAAUAUUUUCCAAAUAGCAGGUGUCGCCCUCCGAGUUGUCUUCUUGUUGUUUUUGCUAUGUUUUAAGCUAUUGUUUCGUCUAUUUCCGGCUGUAGUUCUUACCCUUGAAACGAGUGAAAUGUCCGCCAUUUUUUUUGUCACAAGCUAGCGAAACAACUCAACCUUGUCCCCAGGACUUCUCGGUAACGGUGAGUUAACCUGUAGCGGGCUGCAUUUUUGACGUCAUUUCCUCGUUAAACACAAAAUUAUUCCAAAUUUGGUCGUCAGUAACUGGUUAUGGUGAAUUAUGCGUGUGCUUUUAGCCAAUCAGAAUUGGGGAAAUAUUUUGAAUAAAUAACAAACCCCAUAAAUGAAACUGUGCCGCCUGACUAUUCCCAGAACGUUGUGUUGGGUGUAUGGUUAUGAUUUGACGUUCGAUCAUUGGAACAUAAAUAAUUAAUUUAGGUCUUUUAAAUAAUUCAUUUAUCUAUUUAUUCAUUUUCUAGCCUCUGUAUCUUCGGUAACUCCCCCGUCCACAGGUAAAUAUAAUUUUCACUUCCCAGUUUGGUGCAUCGGAGGUAUUUAUAUUUCUUAACAACACACAACUACGAGUUUAUCGGAAAGCUUCAAAAACUUCUUUUGUAGAAUCUCUUCCUCUUUUUAAUGAUCCUUGCUGUGUUAUUGUUCAAAAACAACUGAAAUUUUCUGCUCAUUUUCUAUUAUUAGAGAUCUUCAUUACCAUUUUUAGCAUAUGCAUCAUAUUAAAUUAGUGUACUAAAAAUAGUUUCACCUGCCAAAAAGGUACAUAGUGAUUCUUUCUUGAUUAGAUAGAGAAGUUUUUCUAAAAAUAUGAAUCUCAUCGAAAGGACGUUGCUUAAGAAAAACAACUAAAAACAAAUACGAUUUGUUUCGCGGAAACGGUGACGAAGGAGACAGGAAAUUUAUCAUUUCCAUUAUUCCUUGAUAUUGACGCCAUGAGGCCGCCGAAACGUCGGGACAUUAUUUCGUUAGUUUUUACAUUUAAAUUGUUGAAAAUUGGUUUUCUUCAGCUGACCCAAUCAGUUUAUGGUUAUUAAGUGCGGUCUUUACAGAUUGGCAAGCAAACGUAAAAUGAAAGCGUCUGUAUGAGAAUAUAACUACUUUUUGUGAAAGUCUACCCUCCCGGAGAGGGGGGGUGGGAGUACUUCCUUAUAGGUCUCUGGAGGUCACGAUUUGAUCAAGCUCCCGAAACGGACCUCUGGUCACACGAGCAAGCUACCUCGCGUCCAUGGGAGAGAAAUCAGGUCAUAACCUGAACUGGGUGUCGCCGAUUGGUUACUCCCUUGUCGGCCGCAAACUAAGAGUCAGAGCAAGAGUCUGGAAAGCUGGAUUUUAAAAACAAGGAAGUCAGACUUAACCAAAUGCAAAGACCUGGACACACAUAAUUACUUAACUAAAAUAAGGUCACUUUAGGGAACAAAACUUUAAUGCAUUGUUGGUGUUUUUUUGUUCCUCUAGCCCUAUCAACAAGUCCAGCCCCAAGUAUCAUUACAGCUUCGCCAGGUAUUCAUUAG